CCUCUACGAAGUGCUCAUGUAGGUAAGGUGCUUGUACCUAACUGAGGUACAAUACCCCCAGGGUACGUAUCCCCUAGAGGCUGUUGGCACGUGCGCGGCAGGGGUCAGCAACAAAGAUCUCGUUGCCAAGCCCCGUUGAAGAGUGGGUCUUUAACCCCACCGAUUUGAUAAGCUGCUUAUCAACCAGCGCGGGGCGAAUUUCAUCCAAAAUUCCAUGAGUUUACAAAAGUUGCCCGUCUGCCUCUGCUUAAGAAGGCACUGUCGCCAACUCCUGCAAUCGCAAGACAUUAUCACACCGCGAAGUGUUGUUGUCAGGUCCGGAUACUCACCAAACCGAAUACUAGCAAGUCCGAUAUACGCCCGCUAUGGAUCUCGACGCCCCCAUGGGCAUGGCCCCGUUGAUGGGCACUGCGCGCACCGGCGCUACAAUCCUUUGCUGCAACUGCGGCGCUCCUAUUGAUGGUACGGCCUCUGCCGGUGCCAUGUGCUAUGACUGCAUCAAAUCCACCGUCGAUAUCUCCCAAGGCAUUCAACGAGAGGGUACCUUGCACUUCUGCCGCGACUGCGAUCGAUGGCUUCUUCCCCCUGCAAGCUGGGUGUCAGCUGCCCCCGAAUCUCGAGAGCUUCUAUCGCUGUGCCUGAAACGCUUGCGGAAUUUGGGCAAAGUUCGGAUUAUCGACGCCCGCUUCGUCUGGACAGAGCCUCAUUCACGGCGCAUCAAAGUCAAGAUUACCGUUCAAGAUUCGGUCGCCGACGGUGUCUUGAUGCAGCAGAGCUUCGAGGUGGUCUAUGUCGUAGCACAUCAACAAUGCCGCGAAUGUGCCAAGUCGUACACGGCCAACGUCUGGCGGGCGGCGGUGCAGGUGCGGCAGAAGGUGACACACAAGAGGACGUUCCUCCUCCUGGAGCAGUUAAUCCUCAAGCACCAGGCCCAUCGGGACACGAUAAACAUCAAGGAAGAGAAGGACGGCAUCGACUUCUUCUUCGCGCAAAGGAACCAGGCCGAAGCCUUCAUUCACUUCCUCAAAUCAGUGGUGCCAAUCAACGUCAAAGACUCGAGGCACUUGAUUUCGGCAGAUACCCACACAGGCAACAAGCAAUACAAGUUCACAUACUCGGCUGAGAUCGUCCCAAUAUGUAGGGAGGAUCUAGUAGCGCUGCCUCUGAAGCUCGCGAAACAGAUAGGCAACAUCUCGCCGCUCGUCCUCUGCUGGCGGAUAGGCACAUCAGUCAACCUUAUCGACCCAAACACGCUUCAGACUGCCGAACUCAGCUCGGACGUCUACUGGAGGGCACCGUUCCAGCCACUCGCUGGCUCAACCGAUCUGGUCGAGUUUAUUGUCAUGGAUAUCGAGCCUACAGGGCAGCGCAAGGGAAAAUGGCUGCUCUCCGAGGUCCAGGUAGCCCGGGCAUCGGACUUGGGCGUCAACGACAACACAUACUUUGUGAGGACACACAUUGGUCACCUGCUGCGGCCCGGGGACUCCGUUUUAGGGUACAUGCUCACCGGGACCAACUUCAACUCGUCGGCGCUCGACGCCAUCGAGGAGUCGCGGGCAUACGGGUCCACCAUACCCGACGUGGUGUUGGUCAAGAAGCAUUAUCCCAACCGGCGCAAGAAUAGGAGGCGCAACUGGAAGCUCAAGCGCAUGGCCAAAGACGAGGGCGAGCUGCUGCCCAAGGCGGCCGACCAGGAGCGCCUCGAGGCCGAGUACGAGAUGUUCCUCCGGGAUGUGGAAGAGGAUGAGGAGCUGCGCGCCGCGCUGGCGUUGUACAAGAACACAAAGAAGAAGAAGCCGCAGGAAGCGGAUGCCAUGAGUAUUGCCGAGACGGAGAUGACUGCUGGGGAGGACGAUGGGCCCAAGAUCAACAUGGAUGAGCUGCUUGAUGACUUUGACGAGCUGGAUAUUCAGGAUAAUGAGGCCUGAUGGGGUGUCAGGAAGGCUUGUGGGUCGGUCGGGUCAAAGCUGUAGCUUAUACUUAGAUGGUAACUAACGACUCUACUGCCCAUAUCGAAGCUCCUGAC